AUGUCGAAGCUGAACAGUUCUGAUUUGACUCAUGAUUGUCCCGCUGACACUGUGGAGCUCUUGCGCGAACUGCGUGUUCUGCAGUCGACAGGGAUCUUGUGCGAUGUCAAGUUGACAGGCAGCGACGCAUCCUCGGUGGGCAUUCCCUGUCAUCGCUGCGUGCUCACCGCGCACAGUCCUUAUUUUCGCGCGGUUUUCACCCACGAUGGGAAGGAAUCCUCGGAACCAGUGUUCCGCCUGGGCAACAUCGAUCAGCGCACGUUGAAGGAGUUGGUAGGAUACGCGUACACCAUGGACCUGAACCUCAGCGACGACAACGUGACGUCUGUUCUGAUCGCGGCGCAGUUUCUGGGGAUGACUCCGGUGGCCGCCAGAUGCUGGAAAUAUUUAGAAGAGCAUCUGUGCGUGUCCACUUGCUUGACCGUCCACGCGUUGGCCUCCCACCACCACAAUCCCCAUUUGGCCGCGGCAGCCCUGGACUUGAUCUGUCGUCACUGUCUCUCUUUGACGCAGGGCCUGGACUUUCUGCAGAUGGACGCGCAACAGGUGGCCGAGCUGUUGGCGUCGGAUGACUUGGAGGUGUCCAGCGAGGAUCAGGUGUGGGAGGCGGUGCAGCGCUGGCUGGAUCACGACCGUCCUGAACGACUGCCGCAUGUGUCCGCCGUCCUGCAGGCUGUCCGUGCGCCGUUCCUCAGCGCGGAGGCUCGACAGGAGUACGCGGCGCUUCUGGCCGUUGCGCCGGUGGGGAUCCCGUCGGGCCAGUCCGCGGAGGACGGGCAGUUGGCCGACGGGACAGCGCAAAACACCAUCCCACGACAUUCAUGCGGUGCGCAGGACGUGAUCGUAUGCGUUGGCGGUUACAGUGAUAUUCCGCAUAACGUCGAAGAUUUGGUGCACGUCAUCAACCCUUCCAUCCCGGCUGCGUGGUCCAUGAAGGCGCUGCCAGCGGCCGUGGAUGGCUGCGUUGCAGAGAUGCUGGACGACCGCUGGAUGGUCAUCGCCACCGCUGAGCACAUCCGCACCGUACAGCGCGACAGCCACUUCACUGGCCUGCGAACCGAGGGGGGCCAGGUGGCCGCCCUGCCGACACCGCGCCAUCCCAACACCGCCGGUGUGGCCGUCCUCAAUGGGCGCCUGUAUGUCAUCGGUGGCACCCAUCGUGAUGACGAGGACGAUCUGUUGGCGUGCGUGGAAGCGUACGAUUUCCUCAGCCGUUCCUGGAGUGCUGUUUCCGCGCUGCCCCACAGUACUGGCUACUGGGUAGCGGUGGCGUGUGCCGGCCGGCUGUAUGCCUUCGGCAACGACGGUAGCAGUCUGGCCUUGGCCUACGAUCCUGCCGGUGACACCUGGACCCGACUGGCCGAUAUGCCCACGCCGCGUGCCGGGGUGGCUGCCUGUGUGACGCCCAGCGGACUAAUUUACAUUGUCGGCGGAGCUGUAGGUGUCGCUCCCGGGAAUGUGGAGGAAUUGGUAGCAUGCGCGCUAGUGGAAUCCUACGACCCCACCACCAAUCAGUGGCAGAGAAAAGUACGAGUGUGGGUCGGCAUGAACCGUCGGGUAUCGGGUGUGUUGUUCUUAUCACAGGAGACCCUCAAGAAGAGAGGUCGUCCCGGAUGUGCCUGCGUGGGCGGGAAGCUGUAUGUGCUGGGUGGAUAUGACUAUAACGAGUCAGCGAUGGUCGUCGGUGUCGAAGAGGACAGCAUCGAGGUGUACGACGAAGAGGCCGACAGCUGGGCGCUGCAUGAAUGCCGCCUGCCGCUGGCCAAGCACGGCUUCGGAUGCGCUGUGAUGAAGCUGAAACCGGGCUGA